UACCUAUGAUGGAUAGUGACGCCCAGUCCAGCUGCGUCCAUAUUGUGUAUAUUGUGCUGGUUAAUAUCCGUUGAUUGAGUUUGGCUGGUUGAGUUCCCUCCUCCGCCCCACCCCCACCCCACCAUUCCCACCGCUACAUAUCCCCACCACCAUCCCCACCAUCCUCAUCCCCGGAGAGUAGAGCACAUAUCGGAGCAUGGGAGCAUGGGAGAAUGGGAGCAUGGGAGCAUGGGAGCAUGGGAGCAUGGUAGUAUGGUAGUAUGGCAGCAUGAUAGUAUGGUAGCUGGUCACGGUGGUCGGUGGUCGGUGGGCGUCAUGGUGGUGGUGGUGGUGGUGGUGGUGGUGGUGGUGGUGGUGGUGGGCGUCUUGGCGGUUGUCGCACAUGUAGACCUUGCAGCAGCAGCCAUCAGCAGGAGCAAGAAGAGGAAGCAGAAGAAGAAACAGUUCACAUUCGCGUUCGUGGACCUCGCUUCGGCGCUGGAUAAGCUCUGCACAAGCGGUAUCUGGUACUUAACAGAAGUACUUAUGAUGCGCCCGUGUUUAUCCCCUGCGGCCAGCUCCCCAACAACCUCGAUAGCGGCCGCUCAGCGCACUCCAACCAGCGACGGGCGGGCUGCGCAUCCAUCCCAACAACUCACGCCGACCAGUCGUUCCAGAUACAUGUACGCUCCCGUUGCCGCCGAGAUGUUGGAAGGGUCCGGCGCCGUUCGGAGCCGGCGAAAGGCGUUGGACCGAACGCCUUCCAUGUGA